CUAUCCUUGUGUUUUUUGUUUCAUCCAUAAUAAUCGGAUAAGGCGACCACCCCGAUGGACUUGUCUUGAGUUUCCAUUGUAAUAAGACAUAUAAAGAAGUGGUGCUUUAAGAUAUUAUAACUUAAGGCGAACAGCUGUAGUGCAUCAAGUAGAGUGACUCCAAAUAUAUGAAGCGUAAAUAAGUAUUUUUAAUACAACUCUAGACGUUUUGUAACAAUUCUGUUGGAAAAUAUGGAAGAUGGAAAUGACCAUAACUACCGACGAAGCAAAGUCCGACAGGCUUGUCAAAACUGGCAGAUCCUGGAGGAUGAAGGCCUCGCAUACAGUCUCCAGAACGAAGAGAUUACUGAACAUUAUGACAGAAACAGGCAAAAUAGUCGUCUUGUGCGGGAUGAUUUCAAAACAGCACGACGCGAGCAGACAUUUGAGCAGGAAAUGCUCGAACGGUCACGACAACAAGAAGAGGCUGAAGCCGAAGAACUGGCUGCACAGUUAGCCUUAUUGCUCGACGAGGAGCGCCAAGAAGAAGAUGCUAUGAGGCUCGAUGAACAACUGGCAAGAAAGCUUGCUCAAGAAGAUGAUGAAGCUAUCGCGCGAGAGCAACAGGAUCGAGAAUUAGCUCGCAUGCUGCAGGCUAGGGAACGCGUAAAGGCGAAAAAACUUCGGGAGGCGCGCCGACGAAAGGAAGAGGGUCUAAGCAUGGCUUUUCAUACUGUUUUAGAUGCAGAGAAACAUUCUAGUGAGCAGCCCGAAGAAGUCCUUUACGCAAACUUAGCUACACCACUUAAAACACAGGAACGUUCACAUGGUCGAAACCAGGAGUACGCGUCUGUGUCGCAGCAGCCCCGGACCCAACAAGCAGCGGCCCUAUCUGAUGCGGUGCAUCAAUCAUCAAUUUAUCUUCUCCGAAAUUGCGAUGUCAUUAAUUCAACUGAAAGUACUACACCGACUCAUUACACUGUGGCUUGCGCGCCAAUGCGACGUCUCGUUACUGAUCAACCUUCAUACCGUUAUAACCGAAGCGAUGAAAAACAUAUUGAAGAACAUACGACUGCUCAACAUUACAAAGUUGGAAGUCAGAGCGCUCCAUCUCUUAGAAGAGAUACUCAUAUGGCUGUGGAUGACGGCGGUCCAAGUCCUCCAUAUAUGCCAAUGCAGGGCAUUCCAGAACGUGCAGUUCCCGAAUGUAGUUUACGGAUGUCAAGACCAACACAUUCGACCAUAAACUGCACAAAUGAAACAGCGUCGAAGAAGGGCAUCUCCUGCAAAACUCAGUAGUUUAAUGCUGUAUUUAAAAUAUAAAACUACCAUCGAACACACUACUUUUGGCGUUCUUUUUCGUUCAGUUUGGAUCACGUCUUACUCACGUACGCGCGCACAGACAUCUUCUAUAAUUGAUUGCCGCUUCA